AUGCCGGUCUCCACCGGCUGGAGGAAACUCCUCAACACCCUCCAGAUCAGGACCGACUACACCAUCCAGCCCGCCGGUCUCAAAUGGAGGAGCAACACCCUCUUCAUCGUCUCCACCGUGGCCGUCGGGCUCUUCACAGACCUCUUCCUCUACGGCCUGAUCGUGCCCGUGCUGCCCUUCAUGCUCCAAGACCGAGUCGGCCUGCCCCAGGAACAAAUUCAGAGCCAUGUAUCGGGACUGCUUGCAGCCUAUGCGGCCGCCAGUGUCGUCUUCAGCCCCGUGGCUGGUAUCUUGGCUGAUAAGGUGGAGACGAGACAAUCGCCCUUCUUGUUGGGACUGGCCGCUUUGUUGGCCGCUACUGUACUGUUGUUCCUCGGGAGGACUGUGCCGGUCUUGGUUCUCGCGAGGGUGUUGCAGGGUAUCAGUGCUGCGUUCGUCUGGACGAUUGGGCUGGCUCUCUGUCUGGAGACUGUCGGACCGGAGAAUCUUGGCAAGACAAUUGGCUCGGUAUGUGAACACGCUGUGUUACAAACAGCAUGCUGACAUGUCCUCCAGAUUUUCAGCUUUAUUGCGGUCGGCAACCUUGCUGCUCCGACACUCGGUGGCUUGUUGUAUGAGAAGACGGGCUACGAAGGAGUCUUCGCCAUCGGAGCCUCUAUCCUCAUUGUCGAUUUCCUCAUGCGGAUCAUGGUCAUCGAGAAGAAAGAAGCCCUCAAGUACGAAGCGGACGAUCCGAGCACUGUCAGCGACCUGACUGCUUCUCAGCAGCACCGAGAAAGUCAUAACGAGGCCGUCAAUGAUGAAGAAUCGCAACAGCAGUCUAACGCCUCUGCGAAUGGCUCAGAGGAGGAUCCUCUCCUUGGUGGCAAACACCCCGAUGAGGAAUACUACAAGCUUCGCCCUCGGAAUGAAUACUCCUGUCUGGUCCGUGCAAUCCCCAUCAUCCCUUGUCUGACCGAUCCCAUGCUUCUUGUUGCCUUCCUCGUCGCCAUGAUACAGGCUGUGCUUCUUGGCUCUUUCGACGCCACCAUCCCGACUGUCGCCGGUGAGUUCUUCGGCUUCACAUCACUCAAAUCCGGCCUCCUCUUCCUCCCACUUGGGGUCUUUGAUCUCCUUCUCGGCCCUCUAUUCGGAUGGUGUGUCGACCGCUAUGGCACGAAACCCGUCGCCGUCUUCAGCUACGGCUUCCUGGUGCCCGUCCUCGUGCUCCUCCGCAUCCCACAGCCCGGCGGCACCAAGCAGAUAAUCAUCUACACCGUCCUUCUCGCCCUCUCGGGCGUCGGCCUCGCGGGCAUCGGCGCGCCCUCCAUCGUCGAGGCGGGCGCCGUGGUGCAGAAGUACUACGAAGCCAACCCGGACUACUUCGGCGACAAGGGUCCCUACGCGCAGCUCUACGGUCUGAGCAAUAUGGUCUUCAGCUUCGGGCUGGCGGUCGGGCCGGAGUUGGCGGGUGAACUGAAGCAGGUCAUCGGCUAUGGGAAUAUGAACCUCGUGCUGGCGGCCAUCUGUGCCCUCGUCAGCUUGUUGAGUUUCUUGUAUAUCGGUGGGCGCCCGAGGGUUCUCCGCAGGGCGGGCGUGAAUACUUUCUUGCCGAGGAAGCGGGCUUGA